GCUCUGUGGGUCGGGUUUUCAUUUAUACUUUGCAAUCAAUCGUUCUCUUGUUCAGCCGAGGGAUUGAGGUGGGUGUAGGAAAGAGAUUGGAGAUGGAAUACGCAGCGCGCAAAGAUGGAGGAAUCCUCAAUGGAAUCUAUAAAGUUAUCAUGCGACGGACUUCCGUCUACGCCACUUUUGUCAUCCUCGGCGCUUUCGCCGGAGAACGGGCUGUGGAUUAUGGCGUACAUAAGCUUUGGGAACGCAACAAUGUUGGGAAGCGUUAUGAGGAUAUUUCAGUCCUGGGGCAGAGGCCAACUGAAUAAAUGACCAGUUAGUUUUUCUGAUUCCUGGUUUGAAAAAAGGAAACAUUUUGGAUUGAUGUUAAAAUAAACAUUUGUUUUAUGUUUUUGAUCAAAGUCAGUUGUGUGCCUGUCUCUCUUUGAGGCAGUUGUAAACAUUGUUCAUCAUUUUUACCAAGCUGAAUUCAAUUCCUAUGAUUUGGCCUAGUUUUUCU